AAUUUGAUAUGGCACCAUUGCUUGGUGGCACGGAUGCAGUUUUCCUAUCUCUUAUACAUGCAUUCAGCUGGAAUCCGGCGGCAUUUCUUCAUGCAUAUACAUGCCUCCCUCUCUCGCAAUCAACAAGGCAGGCAGCUAGUGCAGUUUUGCAGGACGUUGCUGAUUCAGGGGUUCUAUUUGCAUUGUUGAUGUGUGAGCACAAGGUAAUUAGUCUUGUGGGAGCACAAAAGGCAACUUUGCAUCCUGAUGAUAUUUUAUUACUUGCGAAUUUCAUACUGUCCUCUGAAUCUUUUAGAACUUCAGAGUCAUUUUCACCCAUAUGUUUGCCAAGAUACAAUCCUAUGGCCUUCUUGUAUGCUUAUGUUCACUUUUUCGAUGAACAUACAUAUGUGACUUUGCUUACUACGCGAUCAGAUGCCUUUUAUGAUCUCAAAGAUUCCAGGUCCCUCAUUCAAAAUGUUCUCUUGAAGUCAAAUGUCCUCAUCGAAGUCCAAAGAUCUUUACAUGAGAGUGCGCUGCAUGUUGAGGAUCUCCCAAUCGAUCCGUCUUCUCAAUCUGCAUCCCAGCCUCCGCAGUCAUCUCAAGACAUGAGUUCCCAAUCUUUAUCUUCUGAAAUGGCAAUUGGAGGACCGGCUGGACUCUGGCAUUUUAUAUACAAAAGCAUUUACCUUGACCAGUAUGUAUCAUCUGAAUUCCCCUCAUCCAUUAGCAAUCAAAAGCAGCAGAAGAGAUUGUACAAAGCUUACCAAAAACUGUAUGCCUCCAUGCACGAUAAAGCAACAGGUCCACACAAAACUCAAUUCAAAAGAGAUGAGGAUUAUGUUCUAUUUUGCUGGAUAACUCAGGAUUUCGAGCUGUAUGCAGCCUUUAAUCCACUGGCUGAUAAGACCCAAGCAAUCAAGAUGUGCAAUAGAGUAUGCCAAUGGGUGAGGGAUUUAGAAAAUGAGAUAUUCGUAUACGGGGAAAGCGCCCUUUCCUGGUGAUAUAUUGUCUUGUGUGUAAGUUGAUAUGUCUAUGUUAUGUCUUUUACUGAAAGUUUUUGAUGAUUGAUGUACUUGUACCGGCA